UUUGGUGAUGUGGCUCUGCUCAGAAAUCCUGGAGACGAAAUUUAUCAAAUAAUAGCAGCAGCACUUGUCCAAGAAGUACUCAUACAGGGCCACAAUGUUCAGCCGGCUGGCCCAAGGGGUGAACUCCGUCCUUCAGGAGCUCUCUGGGGAAGAGCGCCCUGAUGAAGACUCUCAGGAUGGAUUGGUCCCACAGCUCCAAUCUGAAGAGGACAUGGGCCCAAAUACUUUAGGCAGUUCAGAAGACACCGUGGAGAGGUUGGCCCAGUUAGAACAGCUGGUGGUCCAGUUGAAGGAGCUGAUCAGAGAGAAAGACAGCCAGUUAGCCACAGCUGAGAAAAAACUCAAGGAAGAGAAAGAGUCAGGGGAGGCCAAGUUUACAAAACUCAAACUGCAGGCUAAAGCAAAGAUGGCUGCUCUGAACAAACAGAUCACUGAGCUGAAAGGGCAGGAGGGAGCGAACGUCAGUCAGAGUUCAGACAGCUCAUUCACAAUGGCACCAGGUGUGGAAGAGGAGCUCCAGCAACUAAAGGUUAAGCUCAGUGAAGAAGAGUCCACCUCAACGAUGCUGCGAGAACAGCUUGAAGCAGCUGAGCAGCUUCUACGUGAUAAAGAAGAAAGCCAUGCAGAACAGGUGCGGAAGCUUCAGGGUGUUGUGAGUGAGAAGGACAUGCGAUUCCAGGAGCAGAUUCAGAAACACGAAGAGGAGCUGCUUAGGGUUAGCACUGAAAGCAACAGUGAUGCUGAGCAGGCACCUAGGGCAGCUCAGCGGCGUAUUGAAGAGCUGGAAGAGUCUUUGCGAUCUCGUUCAGAAGUCCUUGAGAUGUUACAACAAGAACUCAACAGUGCCGACCAGCAGAAACAGAUCCUCACAGCACAGUUUCGGCAGAUGGAGCAGGAGCUUAGGGAGGCUACCAGGGUCAAAGAGGAGGAAAGGCAGCAGUGGGCUCAGCAAUUGGACAAGACAGAAGCAGAACUAGGAGCCCUGAAAGACAGAUUGGAGGCUUCUGAGAGAGACAGAGAGGAGGCUCUUAAGAAAUUAGAGGCUGAAAUAGAAAAACGGGUCUCUGAGCAGGAAGAGCUCAGAGAGACACUAUCACAUGUGGGGAGAGAAAGGGAUUUGUGGAUGGAGAAGGGAAAAGAUGCUGAGACUGAGUUGGCUAUCCUAAGAGCAAACCUGGAGACAUCACAGAAGGAGAAAGAGGAAAUAACAAAGAGGUUAGAGAUUGAGGUUGAAAAUCGAGUGGCAGAGCUGCAGGAACUCCAACAGAAGCUGGAGUCAAUGGAGAGAGAAAGGGAGGAAGGGUCAAAGGAAGAAGGAGAAGAACUGGCACAGCUACAGAUGGAAUUGGCUUCUUUGAGAGAGAGACUGGACACUGAAAAAGAGGAACAGGGUACAGGACUUAAGGCAAAGGAGGCUCUGCAGAAGCUGUGGAAAGGGCUGCACUCUUUGACAGGAGCAGAUGCAGAAGGAGAGGAAGAGACAUCCAUCCCCACCGACCCUACACAGUAUCUUGCAGUGCUGCCAGCUCUUGAAGCCCGAUUGGACAAACUGAAGGUAGAGGAAGAGGAGAGAGAAGCACGAAUGGCUCAGGUCAACCUCAGUCUGGACUCUCUUCAAGGGAAACUGGAUGAAAGUAUUGCAGAAAGGGAGGAAGCUGUUUCCAGGAUACAGCAACUAGAGAAGGAACUGAGCAGUCUUCAGGCAGCUGAUGAUUCAUCGCGGGGUCAUGUGAUCGAUCUGUCUGUGAAGGAUUUGGAUACUGCUGACAAAGGUGUCCAUCAAGAAGGCCAUGAUUCAAGUAAUGCACAUGAAGAGAGGGUACUGAUUCUAGAGCAACAGCUGUUUGAGAGAGAAAGGGAACUUCAGUCUCUGCGAGUCCAGCUGGCACAAACUGAGGAGCAGAACUCUGUAGUUCAUCCAGUGGAAAGUGCCUGUUACGAAAGUUCUGAAAAUUUCACUGUUAAGCAUGACAGCACUGCAUGUCCAGCAGACAUCCUUGAAGAUACACCAGUGGAAGAAACAACAUUAGUAGCUGUAGACAGUUCUCUCUUGUCCAUCUCUGCUGAUACUGAGAAUACUCCUGAGUUCACUGGACAACAGACUGAAUUGCUUGGAGAAUCAAAAGGUGCCUCGUCAGAUGAGAUGGUGACCAGCAGUGACUCAGAGGUAGCUCACAGCAGUUGGACCCUCUUAGAGGCAGUGAAGCAGGAUGGGGCUCAAGAAUGGCCUCCUUUAGUGCAAGAUUUUGGCCAACUUCACCUUCAGUCUUGGGAGGAAAGAAGUACAGAGCAAGAUAGGUCUAUUACCACCAUAGUCCAGGUGGAGCAAAGCACUGUUGAAGUACAACAGGGGACAUCGCUUAUUGAGUUAGACUCAGCUUCUGGUCAGGCUUUUGAACAGACUAUGGCUGAGGAGCUUCACAGGAGAUACAGUGACCUGCUGACUGAACUUGAAGAACUUAAAAAAUCAGCUGUGGAGUACCAAGAGAAAAUUUCCCAGCUGCAGGAGGAGGUAAAACUACAGAGUGUUGCCAAGGGGGAGGCAGAAUCUAAGGCUCAGAGUUAUGAGCAUGACCUGAAAGUACUUAGAGCAGAAGUUGAGAGAGAGGCACAGAAGAUAGCUUCAGAGGUUGAAGAACAGAGGAUAAGUAAAAAAAUCCUUGAACAGCAGCUGGAAAGCCUUCAGACAGAGGUACAUUCUAACGUGCAGAAAAUUCAAACCCUGCAGGCCCAACUGGAUGAAGCACAGCAUAGCCUGACUGAGCAAGAGGGUCAGGCUAGAAUGCUGAAUGCUCAGCUUGAGGAUAGGGAGCUUACUUCUUCGGAUCUGGAGAAGAAAGUCAUUGAAAUGGAAGCAAAGAUACUUGAAGUUUCUCAGGAAGCUGACCUGGCCAAAUCUGCCCUCAGUGAAAAGGCUGCUGAAUUAGAAGACCUGCAGCUGCGUCUUUCUCAGAAGGAGAAGGAGAUGAUGGAGCUCAGUGAUUGCAUGUCUAACAAGCUGCUUCAGGCCGGAGAAGAGAAAUUCUUGAUAUCUAAUGAGGUCAAAAAGUUGAAGGAACAGAUGCUUGAACUUGAAAGUGCCUGGCAUCAUGAACAAGGAGCAAAGGGAGAUAAUGCCACUGAAGAAAGUGAGGAGCUAGCUACUUUACGUAAGGAUAAAGAGGACCUGGCAGCCCAAGUUGCGACCAUGAAAAAGGAGGCAGAGCAGAAUAAGAGAAAACUGCAAGCAGCUCUGGUGCAACGUAAAGAAUUAAUGAAAAAGGUUGCUGAGUUUGAAAAAUUAGGAAGGGAGAGAGAAGACGUACAAGACCUUUCUACAUCCUUUGCACAUGAGGAGAGAGACAAAAAACAGGAAAUUCAGAAACUUGAGGCUCUGUUGGAGGAGGCCAGACAGGCCCUGAAGGUAAAAGAGGAAGAAUGUGUGAUUCUGGAACAGAAAAUGUGCAACCAAGAUCAAAUGUUGGCUGAAGCAAAUACAGAAAACCAAAGACUUUCUGAGGAGGUUGCAAAGAUAGGCCAAAGUCAGCAACAAACACUGCAAACUGGCGAAGAUAACGCUAGACUUCAAUCACAAGUGGCCUCCAUGGAAUUAGAGCUUGAAACAUUGCAAAAAAAGCUCCAAGAGGCUGUUGACUCCCGCAAAGACACAAUUCGCAAGGCCAAGGAGAAAGACCGCCACCACCGUGAACAACUUAAGCAGCAGAAAGAUGAAUAUAAUGAGCUGCGUGAACGUUUUGAAGCACAGAGCGGAGAGAAAGAGGGACUCCUCAGUCGCUUGAAAGAACUGGAGGAUAAGUUUGUGCAAAACCUGGAGGUAGGCAAAGAGAAGUCUGUACAUGUGGGAGAUCACAUGAAGUCUGAAGCAGGUGAAGUGGCCAAAGUAGGGGCAGGAGACUGGGUUCAGGAUGAUUGGGUGGACUUUGCUGAACCUGAGUCUGAACUCCAGCAGCAAGACAAACCAGCUCCAAGUACUGAGCAGUCAAAACUACCUUUGGCAGGUGUAGAUGAUGCUGCUUUAAAUGCUUUGAGAGAAGAAGUAAAGGCAGAGCAGGCAGCCCGUAUGGACUUGGAGACUCGUUUACAAGAGAGCCAAAUUUCUCUGUCUUUCAAGGAGACUGAGCUCCUUGAGCUCAGCAAAGAGCUUGAGGCCUUAAAAGAGAAAGAGAGCCAAAUUGAUGUGCUUUCUAAUGAGGUGUUGGUACUAAGAGAAAAGUGUCUUCAAGCAGAGAACCACGCAGAGAUGCUGAAAGUAGAGAUAGAAGCAGCUGCUGCAAAGGGAAGCAUCUCAGACUCUGACUCUUCUAUUGCUGGUUUGCAAGCUGAGUUGGAGGAGUUCAAACAGUUCCUGAAAAACAAAAAUGAUGAGAUCAUAGACUUAAGCCAGCAACUGGGUGAACAAAACUCUCUUCUACAAAACAUGCAGGAAACAGUUUCUGAAAAGGACCAGUUUAUUGCUUCCUUGCAGGCUGAGCUGAAUUCUGAACGUGAGAAGAUCCAGCGACUAGAGGCAGAGAUCCCACAGCGACAAGAGGAGGAGAAAGGUAGCAGUGUCAAACUCCAGCAACUUCAGCGCAAGCUGCAGGCUGCUCUUGUCUCUCGCAAAGAGGUUCUAAAAGAAAACCAGGCUCUAAAGGAAGAACAGACUGCCGCAGAGAAUACCAAGUUGGAACUGCAGCAAAAGCUAGAGGAAGGACAGGCAGAACUGAACAAGCUAAGAGCAGAACGAGAGAGGCUCAUUGCAGAGGUAGAUCGGACCUUGCUAGAGAACCAAAGCCUUAGUGCCUCAUGUGAGAGUCUUAAGUUAGCCAUGGAGGGUGUUUUGAAUGAGAAAGGUGAAUGCAAACGCCAGGCUGAGAGUGCCAAAGCAGCAGCUGAUCAAGCAUCUCGAGAAUGGGAGGAAAAAGUGCAAAGCAUGAAGGAUGAAUAUGAAACCCUACUUAAAUCAUAUGAGAAUGUAAGCGAUGAGGCUGAGCGUGUGAGGCGUGUGCUGGAGGCUGCUCGACAGGAGAGACAGGAGAUAGCAGCUAAAGCUAGAGCCCAUGAGGCAGCCAGACAAGAGGCAGAAAGAAUUGCCGAAGAGGCUCAGAAAGAGGUGGAUGCUGUGAAAGAAAAAAUGAGGAAGUUUGCUAAGGCCAAACAGCAGAAGAUUUUGGAUCUGGAAGAGGAGAAUGAGAAGCUUAGAGAGCAGCUGGAGAGUAGGGGGAGCAAAAUGGAAGAUACAGAAAUGAAACAAGAGCUUCACAAAGUCAAAGAGGAGAUGGAGACACUGAAAACCAAUUUGCACAGCACCGUAGCCGAACGCGAUUCUCUUGAAUGUCUGGCCUCAGAGUUGAGAGAACAGUUAGCUCAAGCUAUAGAGGAAAAGAACAGUACAACUCCACACCACAGCAUUUCUGCUGGUGUGGAAGAGGCCAUUGCUGUGCAGUCAAGUGCUGUUUUGACUGAAAGGUAUCAGGAGCCACCAGUCGACCACUGUCAAGAAACAGAGGUGCAGAGAGGGUCAGAGAAGUUUUCUGAAGCCUUAACUGAGACAGAAUCACCACUUGUGCAACCAAAUACUGAGAUGUCUGAAAGGACCCAUACACAAACAGAGGAUAGGCUGAAGGAGUUGGAAAUUUCUCUUGAGAUUGCAGAGAGCAAGCUGAGGGAACUUGAGGCUGCUCUCGAAGUAGAGAAGGGAACAAGGGGUGAUCGGGAAUCUGAACUUAAAACAGAGUUGGCCUCCCUUGAACACCAGCUACAAGAGUCAAAAGCAAGAGAGGAAAGCUUGAAGGAAGAGUGCUUGCAAAGAGAUACCCAGCUGCAGAACCUACGUACCAACCUGGAGGCAGAGAGGGAUGACCUAGAAGAACGUCUGAUGAACCAAUUGGCCCAAGUCAAUGGUAGUAUUGCAGGCUACCAGCAGGAGGCAGCGGACUGUCGGGAUCGCUUGGCAGAUCUGCAGAGAGAGGUUGAAAAGUUGGAAAGAGAGAGAGCAGAGUUCGAGGCCCUGCUAGAGAAUGAGAAGGACCGGGCAGCCAGGCUGGAGGAGGACAAAAGGCAGGCACAGAGAGAACGGGCAGAAGCAGAGGCUGAAGCAGGGCAAAAGAGGGAGCUAGAACAGAAGCUGAAAUCCACAGAGAGGGUGAAAGAAGGCAGUCAGAGCCGAGCACGCCAACUUGAAGAGCUGCUCAGAGAGAAGCAACUGGAGGUGCGGCAGAUGCAAAAAGACUGCAUUGAAUAUCAAGAAAGGAUUAGUGAGUUGGGUAAGGAGACCAAGGCACUGCUGCUAGGAAAAGAUGAAGUGCAGAGUGAGCUUAAGACAGCCCAGUUGGAGAUUGCAAAGGUUACAGAGGAGAAGCAGAGGAUUGAAGCAGAGAUGUCUGUUUGUAAAGAGAAGCUUGAGUUAGCUCAGAGAGAGGCCAACCAGACACGAACAGACAAACUGGCCUUUGAACAGUCAGCACGACAGCGCGAGGCUGAGAUAAAGGCAGAGGCUGAGCAUACGCUUGAUGAAGUAAGAUACCGGCUGGGAGCUGAGCUUAAGCAGAUAGAACUGAGGUUAGAAGAAGCCUACAAGGAGAGGGAAAGAGAGGAAGAAGCAACUCAAGAGGCAAGGAACGUGGCUGAGGCAACAAAGAGACAGGCUGAAGAACUGCAGUCCCGUUUGGACGAGUCACUGGCACGACUUGCUGCCUUCUCGCGCUCCAUGUCUUCCUUGCAGAAUGAUCGUGAUCGUGUGAUGGAUGAGGCAAAGCAGUGGGAGAGCCGCUUUCACAGUGCUCUCCAGGGAAAAGAGGCUGAAAUUAGGGAGGGCGAGGCUAGGGCUCAGGACCUAGCUGAACAGCUUCAAAAAGAGACAACCCUAAGAGCAGAGCUGCAACUCUCUUUGGAGAGGUUGCAGAAGGCAGAGGAGCAGUGGCAGCAGCAAUUUGAGGAGGCAGAGAAGAAGCACAUGGAAAGCAUGGCCACCCUUGAGAAAGAACGUGGGGAUUUGCAGGAAGCUCUGACUCAGAAUGAGGGCUCCCUGGCCGAGACCCGCUCUCAGCUUGCUUCUGUGGAGACUGAGGCAGAAGGGCUCCGAAACAGGGCUAAAGCUUUAGAGGAGGCUGUCGGAAAACUUCAGAGUGAGAUCAGCAAUAUUAGGGCAGAACUUAAGGAGAGGGAAACUGAGGAGAGAAGACUGUGCCUAUGUUUGGAGCAGCUUGAGGUGGAUCUGCGUUCCUCUAAGCUGCUGACUGAGAACUUGCAGGCUGAGCUAAGUGAAAAGGAGAAAAGAGAAGUGGAACUCUUGGGAGAGAAUGAGCGGGUGUUGACCCAGGCUGUGGAGGAAGCCCGAAGGGAGGCAAACAGUAGAGCUGAGGAAGCAGAGAAACAGUUAGAGGAGAGGAGAGCACAAGUGCGAAGUCUGGAGGAAAGGCUCCACAAGGCAGAGGAAAAUGCCAGCCACAGCAAAGCUCGACUGGAUGCCUUCACAAAGGCAAUGGGCUCUCUGCAGGAUGAUCGAGACAGGGUGUUGAGCGAGUACAAGCAACUGGAGGAGCGACAUGUGCAGGUGAUGAUGGAAAAGGACAGUCUGAUCCAAGAGGCAGCUGGUGAGAACAACAGCUUGAAGGAGGAGAUUCGUGCCCUUCUGGCCCAGAGGGAUGACUUAAAUGCAGAGAAGGCCAAGCUGGCUGCUCAGCUACAUGGUUACAGGGAUGAUCUGAAUCAGGUUCUUACCAUGAAGGACUUCCAGCAUAAGCAACUGCUAAGUGCCCAACUAGAGCGCAUCACUGUCUUGGAGAAAGAAAGGGAUGAGCUGGAGGCUCGUAUUAAAGCGUUUGAAAGGGAGCGACAGGAGGAGGUUGUGAAAAGCAGGGUGCAGGGAGUAGAGUUGGAGACCCUGAGUAAAGCUGGUGAUGGUGAGGAGAGGAAGGAGGUGAAAGAUGCUCCAGGGGCUGAGGUAGAGAAGCUGAGAGAACAACUGCAGGCUGCAAAGAGGCAACUGGCUAACCUGGAGGAGACUUUGCAAUCAGAGCGAGAUGCCCAAGCCGCCCGCAGCAAAGAGUUGAGCGAAUUGCGCUGGGAAGGAGGUGUGCUGCGGACUGAAGCUGAGACAGCAGAGGAGAGGGUAGCGGAGCUGGCCCGAGACCUGAUGGUGAUGGAGCAGAAGCUGCUAGAGGAGAGGGAGGCAGCAGCUCAGCUGCAUGCAAAGAACCAGUCCUUUGGCCAAGCAAUGGCAUCCCUGCAAGACUCGAGGGACCAGGCCCUCGAUGAGGCCAAGGAAUUACGCCUUAGAUUAGAAGAGAUAGGCAAGACAGGCAGCCAUACAGCUGGUGGCUCUACGGGUGAAGUUUGGAGUCUAAAGAAUGCCCUGUCUGCCCUACAAAAUGACAGAGAGAGACUGUUAGAACAGUUAAAAUGGCAGCAAUCUGAGCUCGACAAACUUGGGGCUGGAGAGUUGACAAAGCUUACUCAGGCACUGGAUGAAGAGAAGAAGAUGUCCAAAGACAGAGUGGAGAAGAUUAUUGCAGAGAUGAAAGAGAAAGAUGCACAGCUGGAGAAGGACAAACAGGAACUUGAGACGCUCAGACUGGAGCAGAUGGACUGGCAGGCUCAGGCAGAGCUCCUGAAGCAGCAAACCCUAGCUACCCUCUCUGACCGAGACCAUCAGAUCCGCCAGCUAAGUGCCAUGCUGGAAGAGGCCCAGGUACAGCAGAAGAUGCACCGAGAGGAAAACCUAAUGGUGUUCAGUGCCCCGGGAGGACCUCAGGAACACAUACAGGGCUAUAAAGCAGAGUGUGUUCAGCUGCAGAGAAGGCUGGAUGAGGAAGUUGAGCUGAGACUUGCUGUUGAGGAGCAACUACUGGCUGCACAGGAUCGCCUUAAACGCUGUACACAGGGUGAUUGGCAGCCUGGAGCUGAGGGGGAUAUUUCAGAGACAGCUGUCCUCAUUGAGCCUCCAGAGGGCACCGUUACACGGACUCGAAGCAGUGGACCUGGAGUGAUUCGAAUGCUUCGUGCAGCGUUCUGCUCUCGUCAGCGCACACCCCUACUAGUAUCCCUGUACCUCCUGACUGUGCACGUACUACUGCUGCUGUGUAUGGGAGGGUACCUGUGAGAGAGUGAGAACACAGACUAUAGAGAGUGAUGUGUAGAGGUGAAAACCUAUCAACUUGUUCCUGAGAAAAUGCACAGGGUAGGACAUAGUGUUCGGUCCAAUUCAGGGGCAAGAUAACCCUUUAUCAUGCACUUUUUGUAGGGAAAUAUAUAUCAUCUUAUUGGUCAGUCAUCAAAUUCUAUACCACUCAAAACAUUCAUUCUCAAGCCAGGUCAAUAAAGUGACAUAAUAGCAUAACUGGUUAGUGCUCUGAUUUAAGAUCUACCUCAGACCACCAACCAGUCCAGCAUUUGGAUCCAUGAAAUAAUACUGACAAAUAACUUUCAAUGGAUGAAAAACUUAUUUCACAUCACAUUUUAAUAUAUCUGGUGCCUUUUGAUUUGAGUGAAAGGUACACCAUCUGUCUGGGAAAACAAUGAAGACCAGGAUUCUGGAUAUCUGUGUUUCUCUCUCUCUCUCAUUUUCAUAGUACCUACAUGUAUGACUGGAUGACAGAUGUUAAAGAAGGGCCAUUUUGACUACAUUCCAGCUAAGCUGUUACUAUUUUCUGUUUCCUUUCAUUUUCCUCAUUGCAAGUGGAGCAUUUAGAUUAUGUCCAAUGACGUUUGUGAUUCAACUGUAUGCAGGUUUCUUUCAUUCUUUUUAAGGGCCGCUGUAUUUCUCUUGUGUUUUGUGAUUUUUUUUUUUUUUGACAGUGUCUGAAUGAUUACUUUCCAAACUGGUGCAUUACUGAUGCUUUAAUUGGUCUUUAUCGCAUCUGAUUAGUAUGUUUUUUUUGUUAUCACUACACAUAAAGUUCAUUCCAUCACCGGUGUCACAUCCGUUAUCACGAUUUCUGGCCUUCAACUAAGAUUUAACUUUCAAGAAAUGUCUCAUUUUUCUCAUUAAAUUAUUUGUCAAUAUUGUUUGUAUGGAUAUCUUCCUCAAAAAAAAGGUGACCAUUACUUUCCAUGUUGCAUAGCCAGCUCUCUGAUCCUUUGUUCUCUCACCACUGCUGUAAUUUAUAAUUGACCGUGUCUAUGACCAUAUUGGUGGCAUAUGGUCCUAGUGUUUCUGAGACAAUUCACAGUUAAAUUUUAAUGCACAGUCCAUUGUGGGCCUAUUGUUUUUAUCUGUGUAUAAUCAAUGUAAAUUACACACUUUCUCUCCUCUGUACUACUUUGUUGUAGCGGUAUUUUUUCCAAAUAAAAUA